AUGCUUCUAGAACAUGCUUUGCUCUACAUUGCCGUACCAAUCAUCAGUUUCAGUCUUUUGGUAUACAUUUUCUACAUUUUGAAGCGAAGACAUCGAAGUUCAAUGAAUGUCGGAUAUCCUUACCCACCACAACAGCAAGAACCCGACCUCUCCCGGUAUUAUAACAUGCACUAUCUGGAUGAAUGCUACCCACCAAACUUCAUUGUUCCACCAACGGAACCACCACCACCGUAUCCAGGAUUGGAGAAAGGUCCACCACCACUUGACCCUAUCACCUACCAUCGCGAUGACGUGAUUUGCUAG